AUGAAUUCGACAGAGACAGGAACUAAAGCCACGAAGCACGCCGAAGAAAUCCAUCUUCAAAUCCGUAUCCUGGUGGCCAUCUGCGUCCUGAUUUAUAUCGUCACAGCCAUCGGGGUCCUGUUGAGAAGCUAUUAUAUUACCACGCUGAAUCUGGACCUCAGUGCCAUUUUAGAUCCAUCGUUCUCGGCUCCGACAGCCACGGAGGAAGAGAGAAGACUGAAUCUGCUGGAGCGAGUCGCACCGACCAAGCCGUUUAUAACCUGGUGGAAAUCGGUUCAAACCGAGCGAAGUCCUCUCAAAGACUACGACCGUGUAUUUGACUGCGCAAUUUGCCUCGAGCCGGUUUCUAAAACGUGCCCAAUCCACAUUCUUCCCUGCCAACAUGUCUUCCACAGCCGGUGCCUGGAGACAUGGUUCUUGAACUAUCACUACACUUGCCCACUGUGUCAGAAGCCUUUUCAUGUUCGCGUAGAGAGCACCCCUGAUAGCGCGGUGUAG